UAUCACUCUAACCAAACACAUCUAGGUAGGUGACGCAAUAUCCUGCGAUUUUAAGGUGUAUAUAUAUGUGAUCAUGAGGUGACCCUGUCACACCUCAACCUAUCCAGAAAGCGCAACUCCAAGGAAGCCCUCGCCACGACCUCCGCAGCCACCAAACCAGCCUCCCAGAAUUACGAGGAAAAUGGAAGCCAAGGUCUACAGCAUCACAAGGGCGGAGAUCGACGAGUUCUGGCGGAGGAAGGAGGUGGAAGAAGAGGAGAGCCGCCUUGCUGCCGAGAAGGCGGCUGCAAGAAUCAAGGCCAAGACGCUCAAGCAGAUAGAAGACUACAUGCUUUUUGAGCAAAUGAUAAGGAAGAUUCUUAACGAUGGAGACAGAGCAACGAGGAUGGAGAGAGGCGUCACCAACAACAGCAGCAGGAUGGUGGCAGCCAGUAGCAGCACUGAGGCACGGAUAGGCAUCAAACACUGGUGGAAAAGAAGUACCUAUGCUUAUCUUAAUGAACCAGAACCGACGUCCAUGGAUGAGAAGGGGAGAAGCAAACAUGCUACUAUCACUUAUGUUCCGCAAGAGUUCUGCUGCACAAGAUUCUGCUCAUCAACUCCAUACCAACCAAAUAACACAGCUUUUGUGAUCUUUUAGGAGUUCUUGCCAAAGACAAGCUGAUAUGUGGGGGGAAAUCAGAAAAUGUGAAUGUUAUAUAUGUUUCAGUUAUAAUUUGGGUAAAAUAAACUAUUCAUUGUCCCCCGUUAUGUGUAUAAGCAUCUUCCAGUGGUACUAUGAAAUCAAGUAAUAAGUAUGUACAAAUGCUUCUUUGCAUAGAAAGCAGGGUCAUUUACUUACGAGAAAUGGUCAAUGCAGUUUUGCUU